UCAUUUGACAAUUGCGUCUUCAAAACAGAAACUUGUCAUCGCAUUAACGCCUGCUGGUAGCGUCGAUACCCGUGAAAAUGUCUUUGGAAUUGCCUCCUUGUCCGACUAGUUUGAAGCCUAUUCAGCACUUCCUGAAAAUCGCCCAAGAACACGAAGCUCGCGAUGUGAUUGUCACUUAUUGGUGUCGUUUGUAUGCCUUACAAACGGGGCUCAAACUCUCCACCCAUCAACCGGACGAGACCAAACUUCUGAUGGCGAUUAUGGAGUGGCUCGAGACUGCCAAGAAGGAAAACGCAGAUAACGACUCGAUUACAAAUGACGUCGCCGCUCAAGCACAUCUUGAGAAUUAUGCUUUGAAAUUAUUUCUGUACGCCGACAAGCAAGAUCGAGAAAGCAACUUUGGAAAGAAUGUCGUCAAGGCUUUCUACACCAGCGGCGUAAUCUACGACGUCCUACAAACCUUCGGGGAGCUCACGGAUGAGGCAACACACAAUCGCAAGUACGCCAAGUGGAAGGCGGCCUACAUCCACAACUGUCUGAAAAACGGCGAAGUGCCUAUUCCAGGACCCAUGGGUUCGGAAGAAGGUGAAGGCGAGGCAGGUGGAGAAGAAGGUGAACAGCCACCAACUGAACCAUCGCCACCACAGCAACCAAGUCCCGAUCAACCCGGGCCCUCCAGUCAACCGCAGACUCCUAUAACUCCCCCUAGCGAUUCAAAUAUCCCUCAUUCAACUCUCACAGCGGACGAAGUUCUUGAAAACCCAGACAUGCUCCCAAAGCCUCCCGUAGAAGAGGAGAAAAACCCCGGCGGCUUUGUGCCGUUCGUGCCGCAAGCAAACACUAUUCCAUUACCGCCUGAAUACGUCCCGCCGCCAGUUGACGUCCAACUGACUCCUGACCAGAUGAUAAAGGCCCAGAAAUACUGUAAAUAUGCCGGAAGCGCCUUAAACUUCGACGACGUGAAAACUGCUAUUGAAAAUCUUCAGAAGGCCUUGCGACUCCUGACCACGGGUCAGGAAUGAGACUAGGUUUCGGGCAACUAGGAAGGCAGGCAAAUAGCUAGUAGUGUUUUCACUCCAAUCAGAAAGUGCACGUCGUGUUCAUCUGCUUAUUUUAGGGAAAUAACACCAAAACGUAGAACUGUGCAUUGUAAGAUGAGCUGUGAAGUGAUGAUGCUAAUUCCGGAUUUGUUUUAUUUAAAAUUAUGAUUUAUUCGUGCUUAAGCUGUUUUACUAACAUGUUACGAUCAAAAAUAAAUAUAAGGGAGCGUUCCCGUUUAAUUCAA